CCGUCGUCAGGGUGCUUCUACUUUGCCUGCAGGCAAAAAACAGCAAAGCGGCAAAAGCACAACAACUCUGAAAGCUUUUCCUUUUGCUUCUUGCUUGCCUGCCCGCCUGCCUGCCUGCUUGCUGAGUGUCCUUCACCCCCUCACCGCCUUCCAGCAGCAUCCCCUUCUGUCCUUCCCAACCCUACACGACCCGCAUCACACAACCUUGGUCUGUUCUUUCGUCGUACCUCAGCUGUGUGCGACCUUCUCACAUCAUCACAGCAUCACAGCCUUGGCGACUUGAGCUGCCUGGUGUGUUUGUGUUUGUUGUGCUGCGAGAGCGGAUAGCGUCGGCUUCGUUCCCUUCCUUCCCUUCUCCUUCCCUGUGUGUGAUUCCGUCGCAGCUUGGUAGUCAUCAUGGUGGAGGAGCUGCAGGUCGCAGCUCAAGACAAAGAGUACCUACAGAUCUUAGAGGGCCAUGAGGACUGGGUGCACAGCGUGUGCUGGUCAAGGCGUGGCAUUGCCAGCUCCGGCAGCGAUCAAUCGGUCAUUGUGCAUGGCCCAAAUGGCGAGCUGGACCGCAUCUUCGAAGGCACUGCUGCCAUCUUUGCUGUCGCCUGGUCGCCCGAUAUGGCCACCAUCGCGUCCGGCGAUGCAGAGGGUGUGUUGGCGCUGUGGGACAUGGAUGGCGCAGAGACACCGCGGGUGACCACCACGGGACAUACAGACUGUGUGCGCUGUGUCUCCUUCAACGACCGUGGCAAUGCCAUUGUCUCCGUGUCACAGGACAUGACCCUCAAGCUGUGGACAACAGACCUCAAGUGCACAAAGACAUACCAGCUCGAUGCAGCCAUGCUUACCGUCAAAUGGAUGCCAAAUUCACGAACACAUGUUGCUGUGGGCGGCGAUGGGGGCUUCCUUGCCGUGUUCGAUGUGACACAGAGCAAUCCUGUACAAACAUUUCCAUUGCUGACGGGCGACGUCAUGUGCUUGGACUGGGCACACCCAAAAGUCUACGCAGGCACCAGCUCUGGCCACCUCGUCGUUGUCAACGCCAAAACAGGCCAAGUCAUCAAGGAUCUGAAAGCGCACGAGGACUGGGUGACGGGUGUUGUGUGGAACGCAGUCAAGCGACACGUCGUCACAUGCGGCUUUUCGGAGGACCCAACCGUCAAGAUUUGGGACGAGCAAUGCCAGCUUCUUGGUAGUCUUGAGGGUCAUCACGCAGGCAUCAAUGACGUGUGCUGGAGCCCAGACUACACCCUCCUCGCAACUGCAUCCAGCGACUCAACGGUUCGCACGUGGGAUGCGUCUGCGUAUAUGACAGACGAGCUCAGGCAGUCACGCAUCGAAACAGGACACGAUGAGUCGUGCAGAUCAUGCAGCUGGAGCCCGGACGGCACCAUGGUCGCGUCUGGAUCGGAUGAUCGCAGUCUCCGCGUGUGGAGCACAGAUGCAGGGCAGAAGAUCACCGUAUUUCGGGAUCACGACGACUGGGUCAACUCCAUUGCGUGGAGCCCAGACAGCGGCAAGAUUGUGAGCGGAUGCGGGGACGGAGUCGUGCGUGUGUGGAGCGUUAGAGAAGACCGCCUGCUCUUCGAACUCAAAGGCCAUAAGGACUGGGUGGAGGCGGUGGCCUGGUCCAGUGAUGGAAUGCACAUUGCGUCAGGCGCAUUUGAGCGCGAUCCAACCAUCAUCAUCUGGGACGCCGUGAAAGGAGCACAGCUGUUCACAUGCAGAGGACACGAGGACCGGCUGCUGUCGCUCGACUUCCACCCGGACGGCGAUGCCCUCGUCUCCGGCGCCGCCGACAACACCGCCCGCGUGUGGCGCGUGUCAUCGGGCGACCAGGAGCGCGUCCUUGCGACGAUGACCUCGUGUGUGAAUGCCGUGCGCUUCUGCCACACUGGCGUGAUGGUUGCCGUGGGAUGCAGUGAUGGAUCGGUCUCCGUCUUUGAGUUCUUCUCAGGCGACAAGCUGUUCUACUUCCAACACGACAAGCACUGGAUCUACUGCCUUGCGUGGUCCCCAAUGGAUACACACAUCGUCGCCGGGUCGGAGGAUCACACAGUGCGCCUGACGGAGCUGACAGACUUCCCUGCUGGAACAGAAAGCGAUGACGACGACGAUGAUGAUGAUGCGUCCACUGCGAUGCACCUACUGAACGUCCCCAACGGCCGUGGAAGCAACCGCCCCUUUGUGCCCGGAUUCCAGCUCGAUUCCCCCGUCUUCUCCGUCUCGUGGAACGAAGAUGAGGGGUUGAUCUGUGGCUGUGCGUCGGGCCGCUUAAUCCAGCUCAGCGUCUGCGUCAAGAAGGGGCGCCGGUCCACCCUCGCGUGGGAAAAGAGUUUCAGGCGCACGAAGAAAAUGUCAAAGUCCUUCCGCGUGUCCUCGCACUUCUCAGAGACCAGCUCUGUUGCGAGCCCGCCAAAAGAUCCGUCCUCAAGGCCGAUGACGGUUCAUCCGCCCGUGGAGGUGCCACUGGACCUGGGAGAGGGGUCUGCAGAUACAAAGCCGCCAAAGAGCCCCUUGCCCUUGCCGCGUAAAGUGAAAAGCAGCAUCUGCACCCUGUUGUGA